AUGGCAACGUCAACACGCUCGUCCAAGCGCCAAAAAACUGAUGGCUCGACGGAGACGGACCCAACCGCCGGGACUGGCGCCGAGGACUCCUACCGUCUCAUCUACUGGCCCGGCAUGCCCGGCCGAGGCGAACACAUCCGCCUAGCCUUCGAGGCCACCGGCACACCGUACACGGACGUCUCCAACGCAACAGACGAGGGCGUCAACGCCGUGCUCGCCCAAAUCAGCGACAAGAACCUCGGCGACGAAACCAACCCGCCGCCCCUGGCCCCUCCGAUCCUGCAGCACGGCGCCGUGCUCCUCUCCCAGACGCCUAACAUCCUGUCCUACCUAGGUCUGCGACUCGGGUUGGUCCCGGACCCCUCUGAGGACCCGGCAGGCCUGUACCACGUCAACGCCCUCACACUGACGGCACUGGACGGCCUGUCCAAUGAACCGCACGACGUGCACCAUCCCAUCGCGUCGGGGGCGUACUACGAGGAACAGAAGGACGAGGCCAAGCGCAAGGCCGCCGACUAUCGCGCCGUCAGGCUGCCCAAGUUCCUUGGGUAUUUUGAACGGGUGCUCAAGGGGCCGGCGUCGGGGGGAGGCCAGUAUUUGUACGGCGGGAAGCUGACGUACGCCGACUUGGUCCUCUUCCAGACGCUGGAUGGUGUGAGCUUUGCGUUUCCUCGGCGUGUGCGCCGCUUGAGGGAGACGGGCGAGUAUGAUGCCGUGUGGGGGCUCUAUGAGCGCGUCAAGGGUCUGGAGAAGGUGAGUGCGUAUCUGGCCAGUGAAAGGCGCAAGCCGUAUAGUAUGGGGAUUUAUCGGCAUUAUCCGGAGUUGGAUGACGAGGAGUGA